AGCUCCCGCUACCUGCUGGUGCUGCAGGGCGCGGCGGUGCCUUCCCGCGGGGUGACCUCUGCGGUGCUGCCUCCUCGCUGCACGGUCCCGCCGCGCCGCCCCGCGCUUGCUCCCCCACCGCCGCGCGCGCCGCCCUUCCCGCCUUGGGGGUCUCUUGCAAAAUGGCUGACGGCCGGGACGACGUCUCGCAGCAGCUGAAGCAGUGGCGGAGCCAGCGGGGCUCGCAGAAACCAGAUGUUUUGACCACUGGUGCUGGCAACCCUGUAGGGGAUAAGCUUAAUAUUCUGACAGUAGGGCCACGUGGACCUCUUCUUGUUCAAGAUGUUGUUUUCACUGAUGAGAUGGCUCAUUUUGACAGAGAGAGGAUUCCUGAAAGAGUUGUGCAUGCAAAAGGGGCAGGAGCCUUUGGCUACUUUGAAGUCACUCAUGAUAUUACCCAGUAUUGUAAGGCAAAAGUGUUUGAACAUAUUGGAAAAAGAACUCCGAUUGCUAUACGAUUCUCCACUGUUGCUGGAGAAUCUGGGUCAGCUGAUACAGUUCGUGAUCCUCGAGGCUUUGCAAUGAAAUUCUAUACAGAGGAGGGUAAUUGGGAUCUUGUGGGAAAUAAUACUCCUAUCUUCUUCAUUCGGGAUGCCAUGUUGUUUCCGUCCUUCAUCCAUACCCAAAAGAGGAACCCUCAGACUCAUUUGAAGGAUCCAGACAUGGUGUGGGACUUCUGGAGUCUUCGCCCUGAGUCUUUGCAUCAAGUGUCUUUCUUGUUCAGUGAUCGUGGUAUCCCUGAUGGUUAUCGCCAUAUGAAUGGAUAUGGAUCGCACACUUUUAAACUGGUUAACGCUAGUGGAAGACCAGUUUAUUGCAAGUUCCAUGCAAAGACUGACCAGGGCAUCAAAAAUCUUCCUGUUGAAGAAGCAGGAAGAUUGGCUUCUACUGAUCCUGAUUAUGGAAUACGUGAUCUUUACAAUGCCAUUGCCAAGGGGGACUAUCCAUCUUGGUCUUUCUACAUUCAAGUUAUGACAUUUGAAGAAGCAGAGAAGUUUCCAUUUAAUCCUUUUGAUGUAACUAAGAUUUGGCCGCAUGGUGACUACCCUCUCAUCCCUGUGGGAAAGCUUGUCUUGAACAGGAAUCCCGUGAAUUACUUUGCAGAGGUAGAACAGCUGGCCUUCGAUCCUAGCAACAUGCCACCUGGUAUUGAACCUAGCCCUGAUAAAAUGCUGCAGGGUCGCCUUUUUUCGUAUCCUGACACUCAUAGACACCGUCUGGGACCUAACUAUCUACAAAUUCCUGUGAACUGCCCCUUCAGAGCUCGUGUGGCCAAUUACCAGAGGGAUGGACUAAUGUGUGUUUCUGACAACCAAGGUGGUGCUCCAAACUAUUAUCCAAAUAGUUUUACUGGUCCAGAAGAUCAGCCCAUUGUAAAAGAGAGCCGUAUGUCUGUUUCGGGAGAUGUGCAGCGCUUCAAUAGUGCAAAUGAAGAUAAUGUGACUCAGGUGCGAGAUUUCUAUACGAAAGUGCUGAAGGAGGAUGAACGCCAAAGGCUGUGUAAAAACAUUGCUGAUCAUCUUAAAGAUGCACAACUCUUCAUUCAGAAGAGAGCUGUGAAAAACUUCACUGAUGUUCAUCCUGACUAUGGUGCCCGUGUUCAGGCUUUGCUGGACAAAUACAAUGCUGACAGUGGGAAGAAGGAUGUGAUUAGGACAUAUACACAAUCCGCAUCUCGUGUGUCUGCCAAAGAAAGAUCCAACUUGUAAAGCACGCUGCGGAGACUUAAUCUGUGAAUUUUGCGUCCUUACAACUGCAGGACAACCUAUUGAAGAUGUGAAUGAAUGUAGCGACUUCUGCACAAACACAGAAGUGUUUUACAGGCUCGAUUUGUUAAGCUUUCAAGUGCCUGUAUCUGUAUGGGAAACUAGGUAACACAAGCUAACAAUCCUAGUGCCUUUCAACACGAGUGCUUUACUGCUCAUUAACAAUAUCGGGUAUUUUUAAGGAAAUUGAUUAAAAAUUAUCUUCAUUUCUAGAUGCAAAUAUAAGUUUAAUUGCAAUAUUGCUCGUUUUAUUUGUGGUAAAACUCUCUUGGCUAAAUCACCCAAUAGAACUUCUAGAAUGAUACUAUAAUUAUCCUUAAGGAUAAACUUGUUCAUGUUAAAGUUGAUGUUGCUCAGUAUUUCUAAUAAAUUAGUUCUUUUAGGUAUUUGUAGAUGCUUCCUUUUGAAUUUCGUUUUUGGCCUUCCAGAAGUAAAAUGUGCGGUAUAGAUUUAUAGGUAUAUUAAUUAUAGGUAUAUUAAAAGAUAUAAAAAUGCCCUGCUUUCCAACACAAAGGCAUUUCAUCGUUAUGUUUCAGUCCUUAUGAUUGAAAUGAAGCUAUCUAGAAAGUUUAAUCUGAAUAGAUGUAAAUUUUAUUCCCAAUAUAUAUUUUAAGAUAAUCUUUGCUUACUAAUGCUAGGUUGGGAUAUAACAGACCAAAGGGAGAUAGGAAAAGAUACUUUCUUAUUUCAUACACUUUAUAACUAAAUUGAUUACAUCUUACAGUUCUUUAGGGGUGGGGGGAUUGUUCUAUCUAAUCUGUAAGAAUUUAAAUGGAAAAAUACUGAUUUUUCUAAGUUUCUAAAAAAUUAACCUUCAAAUGCAUGAAUAUUUUUCUUGACCAUGCUCUUAAGUUCUAGCGUAUUCAAAACUAUUCCCAAUGGUUUCUGAAAUUCUGUUGUUUUACUGCCGUAGUCUCAUAUUACUAGCUACUGAUCAAGCCAGAGCUAGUUUUCAGAGUUAGACUUCAAUUAAAGUGGUAGAUUUCUAUGAAUGUGGAUAUGUAUAGUUGGAUAUAUGCAUAAAACUUGACUUUAAGCAUGU